GAACAAUAGAUGUUUGUUUUAACCUUGUCACCUCGGGGGAUUCCAUCUAGCAACCUUUCGGUUACUGGCCCAACGUUCUAACCACUAGACUACCUGCCACCCCAUAGCAUCCCAUUAAAGCUACAUUUAUUAGGGGGUUUAAGAAACAGCAGAAACUCUCCCACUUUUUAGGCCCACGUGCAAGGGUUUUCCAGUGUUAAGAACACAUGUGGUAGCCCAAGCACAUGAUAACGUACUAUUGGUAGGCCUAUCAGGAGGAUAUGCAUUCCACGCCAUAAUGACCUCAUCUGACUCCAUUUUCCACUGUCACUAAAAAGAAUGGAUUGUUCCAACUGAUAUUAAAUGAAACUAGCAUCACAUAUUAGAUUAUCAAUGCCUCGUCAGAUAAUACUGAUAGAAACAGUUCCCCUGUGUUUCUAAGAGCCCUGCCCAUUGUCACUCCUCAUCCCCAAAGGCCAAAGCACAAAUGGUGGGUGAUUUAGAUGAUUUAAUCAUCUGUGUUAUAUAUAUCAUUCUCUUCUUUCUUUCCAUCCCUCAGUUCCCCCAACUGCUUCAACCUUCAGUCUCUUCCGCAACAGACAGGGAAUCUCUUUGCCUUUGUAGGUCAAAGGUGGCCAGGUGUCUUUAGGAUAUUUUCCAGCUCAGGACAUUCAGCCAUCUACCAACCAACAAGCACAAUACUAAAAACAGUUCCAGCAAGCGUAGGUGUUUCCUUCAGGACGUGACAGAUAACCGUGCUCCCUGUGCCUCUAACCUCCUGCCGAACUGUCCACGAUGUGGCCAGUGCUGUUUGGUGUGUUCACUGCUUUGGCGGUGGCCUGGGUGACCGUCUACAUUCUAAAUUAUUCCAAGAGAAAGAGAGUCUUUUCCCAGGAGUGCCUGCGACCACCGGGGCCAUUGGUGACCGACAAGAAGCAGAGAGAUGAGGUGCUGAAGAAAGGUUUCAGAGUGGACCGUGUCCCGGAGAACCUUGACGCUAUAGUGAUUGGCAGCGGUAUCGGGGGGCUGACAGCAGCAGCGGUUCUAGCCAAAGCAGGGAAGAGGGUUGUGGUUCUAGAGCAGCAUGACCAGGCUGGAGGGUGCACUCACACCUUUGAGAACCAGGGCUUUGAGUUUGACGUAGGGAUCCACUACCUGGGCCAGCUCCAUGAGAACAGCAUGUUUCGUGUGGCUCUGGACCAGAUCAGUGAGGGCCAGAUCCAGUUCAACAGGUUGGAGCAGCACUUUGACACACUGAUCCUAGGUCAGGGUGAAGACCGCAGGGACUACCACAUCCUCUCUGGGAAGACGGAGAUGGCUGAGAGCCUGAAGAGGCAGUUUCCUGAUGAUGUGGAGGCCUUGAAUGAAUAUUUCAAGUAUAUGAAGGUAGUGUCUCGUCGUAUCAAUCUCCUGGCCGGCCUCAAGAUGAUGCCCAUGUGGCUGGUAGACUUCCUGGCUCGGACCGGCCUAUUAGAGCGCAUCUCCUCAGUGUUCCGCAUGGCCAUCACCAAACACACAGAGAAGAUGGCCACUCUGACCAAGAACAAAGACCUGCACGCCCUCUCCGCAUACCUCUUCUAUGGUGUUCCCCCUAAGGAAUCCAGUUUCCUAAUGAAUACUCUACUGCUGCAGCACUAUAAGAGGGGAGCCUACUACCCCAUUGGAGGGGCCAGUGAGAUCGCCUUCCACAUCAUCCCAGUCAUCCGGAAGGCAGGUGGCGCUGUGCUGGUCAGAGCCCCUGUACAGACGGUCCUUCUGAAUGAGGAGGGCUCAGCGUAUGGUGUGACGGUGAGGAAAGGUCAGGAGGAGGUGGAGGUGUUGGCUCCAGUAGUCAUCUCCAACGCUGGCAUCUUCAACACCUUUGAGAAGUUCCUGCCCCCAGAGAUACAGGCCAAGCCGGACAUCCAGGCCCUGCUGGGGAGGAUGCAGCAUGGAAUGGGCAACUUCCUGGUGUUUGUGGGUCUGGACGGCACGAAGGAGGAGCUGGGCAUCACCUCUAUGAACUACUGGAUGUACAAAGAAAACGACCUGGACACACUGGAUGGGCAACUCCAGUCAUUGGGGGGCCUGAUUGGUGUUACACUUUUGCCCCAGCCAGCCCCAGCUAAAACCCCUGACUCCAGUAAUCAGCUAAUCACGAUCUUCAGUGUAGAAUGCAACUCGUUUCAUGAGCUGUGUUUGCUAGGGAUGGGGGAAAGGAUGGAGCGCUACAGCUCUCUGAGCCGAGAGGAGGUGGUGGGGAACAUCCCCAUGAUGUUCAUUCAUUCCCCCUCUGCCAAAGACCCCACCUCCGGUACCCGCCAUCCAGGGAAGUCCUGUAUGACUCUGUUGACCAUGGCCAAGUUUGAGUGGUUUGAGGACUGGAAAGAUACCAAGAUAAACAAGAGAGGGCCCGAUUACGAAGACCUGAAGAUGAGCAUGGCCAAGGAGCUCCUAGACUGGGCACUGGUUGUCUUCCCUCAGCUCAGGGAUAAGGUGGUGUAUAUGGAGGCUUCCACUCCCCUGACCAACAUGCACUACUUGGGCGCCCCGCGUGGGGAGAUGUAUGGGGCUGAACACAACCUGGACCGCUUCAGCCCGGAGACGGUGGCCAGAACCCGGCCCCCCACCCCUGUUAAGGGACUCUACCUCACCGGCCAGGACGUGUUCUGUAACGGGAUGGCCGGUGCUCUGCACGGAGGAAUCCUGUGUGCCUCGACAGUUCUGGACCGUAUUCUCUACAUGGACCUCCUAGCGCUGAAGAAACAGCUCAAAAAGCAGACUCGUGAAAAGGCUCGUAACAAGGCCUGAGAAACUAUUUGGACACAGCACUGACCACAGUCAAAAUCAUUACAUAAACCAAUACCGUGUAGGCUAUUGCAUACAGUAUGUCACAUUUCUUCACCCUAUCUAUGACCCUGUCUAUGACCCUGUCUAUCACCCUGUCUAUGACCCUGUCUAUCACCCUGUCUAUCACCUUGUCUAUGACCCUGUCUAUCACCCUGUCUAUGACCCUGUCUAUGACCCUGUCUAUGACCCUGUCUAUGACCCUGUCUAUCACCCUGUCUAUAACCCUGUCUAUCACCCUGUCUAUAACCCUGUCUAUGACCCUGUCUAUGACCCUGUCUAUGACCCUGUCUAUCACCCUGUCUAUGACCCUGUCUAUCACCCUGUCUAUGACCCUGUCUAUGACCCUAUCUAUGACCCUGUCUAUGACCCUGUCUAUGACCCUGUCUAUGACCCUGUCUAGGACCCUGUCUAUGACCCUGUCUAUCACCCUGUCUAUGACCCUGUCUAUGACCCUGUCUAUGACCCUGUCUAUGACCAUGUCUAUCACCCUGUCUAUAUGACCCUGUCUAUCACCCUGUCUAUCACCAUGUCUAUCACCAUGUCUAUCACCCUGUCUAUGACCCUGUCUAUCACCCUGUCUAUGACCCUGUCUAUCACCCUGUCUAUGACCCUGUCUAUCACCCUGUCUAUGACCCUGUCUAUCACCCUGUCUAUGACCCUGUCUAUCAGUUUCAUGUAACAGUACCAUGUUGUCUUAUAUUGAAUGAAAAUACGGUGUCUUUAUUUCUUACCUGUUAUGGUUACACGUUGCCAUCUCUUUAGCUUUGUUUAAUGAUGUUCGGAAAAAAAGUGACAUCGCUGGAUUCCUCACAGUCGUAAAUGAUUGCUACUCUUUAGUCAGAUCGCAGGCAGAAACAUGGGUGUGUUUUAUGUUUCGUUUCCAUUGAAGUGCUUCUGUGGGAUAGACAACUCAUUAAGGUGCACUUUGCACACCCCCCCCCCCCC